GGGUAUUGUGUCUGGCAAUGCUGCCAAGUGGAGAAACCAUCAAAGGAAACUUUCCUCAAGAAGUGCCUUAAUUUUACAAAUAAUUGCUUUCCAAAGCAAUUAAUGUGAUAAAAUAUUAGUUAAUUCCAAUUUUUUGAUAGCAAUUGUGAGGAAUGUGGUUGGGAUAUCGCUUUUAGUAGUUCGACAAAUGUUACAUAUAUGUGGACUAGCUAAAGCGGAUGGAGUGCAGUUUCAUAGAAAGAGAAAAGGAAAACGCAACAGAAAAAUAAUAAAAAAAAAAAAAAAUUACAGGAAUUUACACAAAUAGAUAAGUCCAGCAAACAAGUGAUUGACCAGAAAACAUACAAACAUUAUAUUUUCACCUUUAAUUUAUCUACAUACUAACAUAGCAUACAGCACUUUUAAUAAACAACAUGUUGAAUUGCUUCAGCGCAAUGAUUGUGCCCACAUUGGGUGAAAUGGAACAAACCAUUUGUAUGCUUGAACGUGGUACAAUUAUCACUAAAUUGUAUUCCAAGCAUCGUCCGGAACAACGGCGUCUGAUGUUAGUGCGCGAAACGAGGCAGCUACUAUGGUCGUCGGUUAUGGCAGAUACGCGUACUGACUACGAGGGCUCACUUGAACUACGUGAAAUUCGUGAGAUACGUGUCGGUAAAUGUUCAAAAGAAUUCCGUAAUUGUGCUGAAGAUUCAAAACGCUUUGAGCCGGCAAAAUGCUUUGUUGUUUUACAUGGCAGUUCAUUCAAACUGAAGACUUUCUCAGUUGUGGCACUUUCCGAACAAGAGGCAGACAAUUGGGUACGCGGUCUUCGAUAUAUGAUGCAGGACACCGUAAAUGCACCAUAUCCUCUACAAGUCGAACGUUGGCUACGACGCGAAUAUUAUGCCAUUGAAAAUUCAAGCGUACAGUCAUCCAAAGAUGGUGGUCAGGUGACAGUGAAAGAUUUUAAAUGUUUUCUUGCAAGUAUUAGCUGCAAAAUGACCACCAGUAAACUCAUGGAAUGCUUCUCUGAAGAUGAUGUAAGACGUAAAAAUGAUUUACGUUUUGAUGAUUUCUCACGUUUAUAUAGAAAAUUACUGCUGCCGAAUAAUUUUCUUGAAGAAAUGUUUUACUGUACACCAGGCACGUUUCCUUAUUCAAAAGAUGGUGAAACAGUUACAUUACGUGAGUUCCAAAAUUUCCUAGUGCAAGAGCAACAUGAAAUCAUGGGACGAGAUGAUGCGUCAGUUUCAAACUUUAUACGGGACUUUUUGCAAGAUGUUGAGCGUGAUGUGCAAGAACCUUACUUUACAAUUAGUGAAUUUCUUGAUUAUCUCUUUUCGAAACAAAACGAUCUCUGGGACCGCAAUUGUGAUCGCAUUUACAUGGACAUGAAGCAACCGAUUUCUGCAUACUGGAUUGCAUCCUCACACAACACCUAUCUCACUGGCGAUCAGUUUUCCAGUGAGUCUUCAUGUGAAGCGUACGCCCGCGCAUUACGUAUGGGCUGUCGUUGUAUUGAACUGGACUGCUGGAAUGGUGCAGACAAUUUGCCAUAUAUUUUCCAUGGACACACCAUGACAUCAAAAAUUAAAUUUAAAGAUGUAAUAAAAACGAUAAAGGAGCAUGCAUUUGUAACUUCCGAAUAUCCAGUGAUUUUAUCCAUCGAGCAAAACUGUUCUUUGGAGCAGCAGCGUAAUAUGGCGCAAGCGCUUACUGAAGUUUUUGGUGACAUGCUGUUGACUCAACGUUGUGACCGCGCAGAAUUGCAACUGCCUUCACCGCACCAACUGCGUCGCAAAAUCAUACUUAAGCACAAAAAACUGCCAGAAUAUGAGGAUGGCUGCGCCGGUGGUCCGGGCAUAGUAGGUGGCGGGUCUGGCGUGUUAACGACCAGUGGUAGCAGAUCAUCAAUUAGUGGCGCUAACGGCGAUGAAAAUGAAAAUAUGCGAAAUUUUCUCAAAGAGGGAAUGUUAUACUUUAAAGAUCCCGUUGACAAAGCCUGGAAUCUAUAUCAUUUCGUAUUAACACAACAGCAAUUAAUCUACUCGUCGCACAUGGACGAAAACAACGCUGGCGGCGCCGAUGACGAUGACAAUGCGGUGACACAAAAUACAUCUUCGGCGUUAAUACCCAAAUCAAAAGAUAAUUUUGCGAAUGAAGAAUUGCACUUUGGUGAAAACUGGUUCCAUGGAAAAUUAGAAGGUGGCCGCCAGGAAGCCGAUCAACUACUAGAGGCUUACAAGCACUUGGGCGAUGGCACAUUUUUAGUGCGUGAAUCGGCCACAUUCGUUGGUGAUUACAGUUUGUCCUUCUGGCGUCGUAAUCGUCCAAAUCAUUGUCGCAUUAAGUUGAAACAUGAAAAUGGCGCAACCAAGUAUUAUUUAGUCGAUAAUUUCGUUUUCGAUUCACUCUACUCACUCAUUGUGUACUAUCGCAAAAAUAUGCUGCGCAGUUCCGAAUUCUCAAUCACCUUGAAAGAGCCUGUGCCGCAACCGAAAAAGCACGAAACACAAGAAUGGUUUCACCCAAACACAACCAAAGAGCAGGCAGAGCAAGUGCUUAUCAAACUGGACGUGGGCUCAUUUCUGGUACGCCCAUCAGUACAGAGCACCAAUGCAUUUGUCAUAUCAUUUACAAUAAAUCGCAAAAUUAAGCAUUGUCGCAUAAUGCAAGAGGGUCGUCUCUAUGUCGUAGAUACCAUUCAAUUCGAAUCGCUUGUAUCGCUAGUCAAUUAUUACAUGCGAAAUCCGUUAUAUCGUAAUGUUAAGCUAAUGUAUCCGGUGUCACAAGAAUUAUUACGUCAGAAAUUGCUCGCUUGUCAAACAUCGCUGGAGCAUCAUAAUAAUGGUGGCGAUUUCAAUGAUGCCUCGAGCUAUAUGGAUCCCAGUCUGGAUGAUCGCGUUACAUGCAAAGCGCUCUACAGUUACAAAGCUAAUAAACCGGAUGAACUUUCUUUUCCAAAACAUGCUAUCAUUACGAAUGUGCAGAGAAAUACGUCAAUGUGGUGGCGCGGUGAUUAUGGUGGCAUGGUGCAACGUCACUUUCCGGCAAACUAUGUGAAAGUAAUUGACUCUGCUGGCGAUGACUACAACUCAUUUAGCGACGAAAAUAACUGUGAAAAUAUCUCACGCACUGAUUCGAUUGACAUACAUGGCGCUAUUGUACACCUGUCCGAGUCUAACGAGCCAGGUAUAUUAUUCCAAUUGCAAAUUCAGACACCCACAAUGCAAAAUUCCUUUAUCAUUGGUUUUGAUAACCAAGAAUUGGCUUACGAAUGGAUCAAAGCCAUACAAGAGGGUGCGCAAAUCGCCAAUCAAUUGGCUACCGAACGUCGCAAGAAAGAACGUUCCGCACGUGUGGCCAAAGAAAUGUCCGAUUUAAUUAUUUACUUCCGCAGUGUGCCAUUCCGCGAACAUUCAUGGGUAUUCUACGAGAUGUCCAGCUUCCCCGAAACCAAAGCAGAAAAGCAAUUUUUACAACAGAACACUAUGCUCUUCCUACAAUAUCAUCGCAAUCAAAUCAGUCGCGUCUAUCCGAAAGGUCAACGUUUGGAUUCAUCUAAUUUUAAUCCGGUACCCUUUUGGAAUGUCGGUUCGCAAAUGAUUGCACUCAACUAUCAGACUGGCGACAAAGCCAUGCAGCUGAAUCAAGCUAAAUUCCGUGAUAACGGUAAUUGUGGUUAUCUGCUGAAACCGAAAUUUAUGCAAAGCGACAGUUUCGAACCGAAUAAUAUGCUGGCGAUUAGUUCACUUGAAGAGCGCUUUGUAACAAUACGUAUUAUAGCGGGGCGUCAUCUGUUUCGCGGCGGCAAAUCCAAUAAUCCGUUAGUCACUGUUGAAAUAUGCGGCGCCAGUUUUGACACGGGCGUUAAACAUCGCACCAAGGUCAGCGAGAACGGUUUUAAUCCCUUUUGGAAUGAAAGCUGUAAUUUCACCGUGCGUAAUCCGCAUUUUGCGCUGCUGCGCUUCGAGGUGCAGGACGAAGAUAUGUUUGCCGAGACACAUUUUAUAGCACAAGCAUGCUACCCGCUGAAUUGCAUACGCACGGGCUAUCGUAGCAUCACGCUGCGCAAUAAAUUCAGCGAGGAGCUGGAGUUGGCCUCCUUGCUGGUGCAUGUGGACAUUAACCAUGCCAGCACCAGCGCAGCUAACGAGCACACAGUGGUUGUGGACUUCUGAAAUGGUUGCUGUAGCAGUACCAAAGGGAUUGUUGUGAAAAUUUAUUUUUAUAGAAACUAUUUACUUACAUACAUAUACAUGUUUGUAUGUAUUUGUUUCGUAGAUGUUUGUUAACAAGUGCCCUUAAUUUACCCAACGAACAAAUGCUUUAAGGCAUGUUUAUACAUACAUAUUUAUUUUUAAACAAGUGAACAAAUUUAAUGAUUUAUAAGAAUUACUGAAAAAUGAACAAUUUUCCAAAAGAAAAAAAUGCAUUUAUGCAAUCAAAAGGGAGAUUUUUUUAAAAUAAGUGCAAAACGUAACACAAAUAUAGCUUUUUUUCUCCACAUUAAAUGUGACUAUGUCGAAACUUUUUCUUUUAGCAUAGUUAAAGCACUGACAAUUUCUUCCAUUAACUAAUUAUUGCAACUCAUACAAAGACUUAACAUUUUACUAUGUAUCUACAUUCUAAGCAAACUGUGCUUUUUCAAACGUACGCAGCUCUUAUAUUUUUAUGUAAUGCAGUUUAUUUAUGUGUGUGUAUUAUUAACAAGGGUUUUAGACAAAUAUACAAAAAUAAAUAUAUAUACGUGCAUAUAUAAUAUUAAAUUUACGUUUUUUCACGAAAAUAUUUCACACGAGCGGUAAACCCCAAAAUUUUAUUUUUUAAUAAUACAAAAGAAAGUCUCAAAAAAAUUAUUUUAUUCAUAUGUAUGGAUACAAUUAUAUUAAAUAUGUAAUUUUUUUCGAAAAAUUUUCCACAUGAACAUUUGGUAUAACCUCAAAAAAUAUAUGUUUUUUUUUAAUUUUACGACAAUUAAUUCAUUACCGAAUUAUCAAAAAAUUAUUUGAAUGAAAUCACAAGUCGUAAAUCACUGUUGCAGUGAUACGGCCUUCUCCGUUGAUGAAACCUAAAAAGCCACCAAAGAAGAUAUUGUCCGUAGAAUGACCUGCGAUCGAAAAAAAUAUCAAAGUAGACCAAAUGGCAACGUUCUUGAAGAAAAGUUGAAUUUUGGUCGUUUUUGGCCUGCCAAAAUUCAGUUUUUGAUCAAAUCGAAAAACUGGUAGGGAACUUUGUGUGGAACUAUACACAGAACAUGCAGUGGUCGUAUCAUUUGUCUCCGGGUAAUCACUGCAGCAAAUUCGAAAAAUUUUGAAAAAAACGCGAUAAACCGAUAAAACCGAUUGAACUGAGCGGCUACCCUUUAGAAGCUUGUAACUCAAAAAAUAUUUCAUAUAUUAAUUUAAAAUUCUGGUAUGGUGUUUUUACAGGUAUAUAUGCCAAAAAAAUAUGAAUAUUUUUUUUUUAAAAAUUUCACACUAUGCAAAUAGAAGAGUUUUUUGUUUGGAAUUCUUCCUCUUCAGAAAUAUAUAAAAAAAAAAUUUUAAGUUUCACGCAUAAAACGAUGCUUCCUAAAAUGCUUUACACACACGCAAUCUAUUUACUCGUAUUUAAUCUCUAUUGAGGUAAAAACAGUGUCUUAGCUAAUUGAAAGUAUACACAUGCAUACAUAUCACACACUAACUUCAAAAGUGUCGCAAGUCGAAAAUUUUCAAUUCGUAAUACACUUAUUUACCUACCCAAGAAAAUGAUUGUCAUCACUAUCUAGCUUAAAUGGAAAAUCAAAAAGUACUAUUUGUAGUUGUGCCGCUAUUGCUGAAAUAAAUCGUAAAUCUUUUGCAGUAUUCUGCGAAGUUGCGCCUUUUUAUCUGAAAAAAGUGAGUCUGUAUUAUUUGAAAUGUGUCACUU